AUGGAACAUGAAAAACAUAUUGAUACACCCACAAGAGAAAAAUAUAAAAAUUAUUCAAUUGAAGAAUUAACAAAAAUAGUAGAAGAGAAAGAUAUAAUAAUAGAAAGAUUUAGAAAAGAAACAGAAAGUUAUAAAGAGAAAUUAGAAUCCUAUAGAAAAUCAAUGUCCAAAUAUGAAACACAAAUUCAAACAGAAGAUGAAAUUGGUAAAUUUAUAAUACAAACAAUGCAAGAUAUUAAAUUAGGAUAUUGGAAAGAAAAUGGUGAAGAACCUAAAGAUGUAUAUAAUAAGAAGAAAUCUGAUCAAUGGAAAUCAGAUAAAGAUAUGAUACCUAUGAAUUUAACUAAAUUAUCAACACAAGAAAGAGAAACUUUAUUUUCAUUUCUACUUUCAAAAUUACAUACUUUUGAUAGAAAAAAUAUUAGAAAGGAAAUUAAUUUUGAUUUAAAUUUUCAAAAUGAUAAUAGUGGUUCAUUAUCACCUCAUAGAAAUCAGAAUCAACAUCAGAAUUUUCAGAAUCAGAAUUUUCAGAAUUAUCAAAAUCAACAUCAGAAUCAUCAUUCAAUGAAUGGAAUGUUUAGAAAUAGUUCAGAUUCACCCACUUUUACAUUACCUCCCAUACAUUAUCAUGUUUCAUAUAAACAGAGAUUGAGUGAUUUUAGAAAGAGAAGUGAAAAAUUUUAA